AUGGGAGCCUGGGAAGUCAUCUCUUUGGUUGUCUAUGGGGCCAUUAUACUGCUAGGGCUGCCUUCCAAUGCCCUGGCCCUCUAUGUCUUCUAUUGCCGUGCCAAGGCUCACCUGACGCCCAACCUCAUCUACAUGAUUAAUCUCUGCCUCUCCGACUUGGUCUUCAUUCUCUUCUUGCCACUCAAGAUGCUGGAGAUGGGGCCGGUGGAGUGGCCCAUGCCGAGCUUCGUCUGUCCUCUUUACAACCUCAUCCACUUUGGCACUAUCUACACCAGCGCCUGCUUUCUGACUGCUGUCGGAGUGGGGCGUUACCUGGGUGCCGUUUAUCCCAUCCACUACCAGGUUUACAAGAAACCUUGCUAUUCAUGCCUGAUCUCGUUGGGCAUAUGGUGCCUGGUUGGAUCUCAUGGGCUUCUCAUCUUUGCCCUCGAAACCGCCAGAGAUGCCAACUCCACCCUCUUCGCAGGCAACGACACCUCGUGCUACAGUGAAUUCAGCCCAGACCAGAUGGUUUUUUUGGCACCGGUGCGGCUGGAGCUGUCCUUGGUCCUUUUCUUCCUGCCUUUGGCAAUCACGUGUUUCUGCUAUAUUAGCUGCAUCCGUGUCCUGGUUGGUUCUCAUCUUCAUGAACGGAAGAAGCGCCGUGCAGUGAGGGUGGCAGUGGCCACUCUCAUGGUAUUCAUCUUCUGUUUUGGCCCUUACAACAUAUCCCACGUAGCAGGCUUCAUCCUGAGGAUGGACUUGUGGUGGCGCACUGUGGCUUUGCUCCCCAGUGCCUGCAAUGCUUUUCUGGAUCCCCUCAUCUUCUAUUUCCUCUCCUCUGCGGUGGAUGACGGGGUCACUCAAGUGUGGCUUUCCUUGAGACAGAAAUACAGCUCCAUUCGGCUAAAGAUUGCCUUAGCCCACGGCAAAGGAAAGAGUCACCAGGAACCAUCUGGUGUUGCCUGA